CUGGCGCUGGGCAAGGACAUUGGGGGAGAAGUGACAUUUGUGUAACGUUGAUAACAGUUUCUUCUUCUUUAUAAAUUAUUCAGAUAUUUCCGUCAAUCGGAUUUAGGCCCACUCUUGCACCUCUGCACAGUGAACUGUCGCGUCGGUGAUUUACACCUGAUUCAUUGAGGAUAGGUAUGCGUUUAUGUUUACAUGCAGGUCAGCUAACUGGCUGGCAUUUAUAGAGUUAAAGGAUUGAAGUUGAACUGUGAAGGAGCGUGUCACUAGAGGAAGCAGUGGAUGAGAGUCACUUUCCUCCUCUUUGAGUUGCAUGAUAAUGUCAUCUUACUGAGUGUCCAUUGAGGUUGCCCCAACACCCUGACUUGAAUGGCUGUGUGCAGAGGGGGUGUCUCUCUUUGGGUGGGAUGUGUCAGGAACCAUAGCGGCAGACAACCAAUGAUGAAACAGUGCUGGAAUCUAUGUCAGACAACUGAAUUUCACCUAAAUGACAACUCUAGGACUCUGAGCAGUGCAUCAUGGGCCUUGGCCCCUCCGAACAGUCUACGCUACCAGUCCCUUAAACGUCCAGCCCUCUCCCAUCCCUUCCACCAUGCCUGCCAGCCCAACAGCGCUCCCAGCCUGGAGGAGGGUGAGUGGGAGGAGGUCAUCAGUCUUUGUGUCCUGCUCAAACCUGGGGAGGCCGAUGAGCAGCACACCAUGGUGGAGGUACCACUGCUCGGGCAGACCAAGUUAAGCGAGCUUCUGGCUUUGGGGUCCAAUAGACCCUUUGACUUGCUUUUUCCUUUAACCACUGUUGAUGGUAGCAGAGAUGAUGAUAUAAGCAUUACCAGAAAGAUAGGGACUGAGAUAAAGCCCCAGCAGGAGCUGAGGGAGAGAGGCUCUUUCAGGAGUCUUUUUGAGACGGAGGGAUGUCCCACCCCGUUUAUGUUGGGAUCUUGCUUCUAUUGCUUUCAUUGCUCCGGGACAGAGUCUCACUCAGAGACAGUGGACAAAAUAAGACUGGGACAGGAAGAGCAGAGCUUCUAUCCAGCCCUCCAUGUCACAUAUUGCAGCCAUGCUGAGAUGGUGAGUGUGGACAAGAGUUCGAGUCAGAAGGACAUGGAGAAUGAGGAGAAACUUGCCCUGAUGUACGAAAAGUUGAGAGUGGAGCUGCCCAGUUUCUUUGUGAAAAAUCAUGACUACAGCUUAUACUCUGAAAAUGUUGAGUUCAUCAAUGGUCUUCUGAACACCAAGACAAGGGGCCGUGUAGCAUACCAAUUGUCUCUGACACUUUGGCGAUUGAUGUGUCUGUGUUACUAUGCGGAGGCUCAGCUUGAAGUGCUGAAGUUGACCAAGCAUCAAGAAGACGGCUCCAUCAAAGCUCGCUGGAGAGUCAAAGGCCUUCCCUUCCACUCCCUUCUGGUGUUCUUCUACAAAAAAGACAAGAGCCAACUUUACAAAACAUAUGAUGCAUUCUCCACCUUCUAUCUUGGCUCUGAUGGACGAAUACACUGUCAUAAAGUUGAAAAGGUUAUGCAGGCUCGCCCUCCCUUGCUGCCAAAAGUGACCUCAGUGCUGGCCGGAGCUGUGGUGGCUCUGGGCAUUCAGGAACACCGACCAGCCCUCAACCUGCUCCCACUCCUGCUGUCUUCAAUCCGACAGGCCCGAGCCUGAGCUGCAAAGAUGAAUACAGCACUUUCUGUAGAUUUGUAUGAUCAGGAGGACAUGUUUGGUGACACCAUUAAAAAGACUGAAAAAGAUGCAGAGCGUAAGAUUCAGAGAGAGCUAUACUGAGUGUCCUGAGUGAAUUUCAGGAAAAAGAACAAACAUGUUACAACUAAUGUCACUUGAAAUCAUCUCCUGUGUCCACUCUUGAAUUUCCACUAAUUGAAUGAUAGCAGAUCAGUUCUAAGCACAACUUCAUCCUGCACUCAUGCAAAUGUAACCGCUUUCAAAGCUUACCUUAUACAUAUUACACUAUAAGACAGGAUAACACAAUAUUCCUUGUCAUUUGAUCCAUCGUUCAUUAAACAGAAGAUUAAUGCUUUUUAUCGCUCAACUCUUUAACACAAUUGUGGUAAAUAAUGUAAAUGUAAAAAUGCAAGCUUUGUUAAAACGCAGUCCAAAUAAUUACAUGUCCAGAUCACAUUGACAAUUAUAAACCAGCAGAGGUGGGGGGGUCUAAUAGAAAUCGGUCAUGGGAUGGUAAAUAAGUUUGGAUCGGCUUCCAUUGUAAUAUGUGCUUGAUUAUAUAUUUUUGUAUUUAUAUAUUCAUUGCCAAUUUCAUCAGUUGUGUUGAUUGAAUAAAGAGAGAAUGCUCCAAGGAUUUAUCACUCUUUGCUAAUUUAUUUAUUAAAGGGAUAGUUCACCCAUUUACUCACCCUCAUGCUAUCCCAGACUUUAUUUUUUUGAACAAAGAUUUUUAGAAAUACAUUUCAGAUCUGUAUGUCCAUACAAUGCCAAUGAAUGGUGGCCAGAACUUUGAAGGUCCAAAAAGCAUAUAAAGGCAGCAUAAAAGUAAUCAAUAUGACUCCAGUUGUUUAAUUAAUGUCUUCUGAAGUGAUAUGAUAGGUGUGGGUGAGAAACAGAUCAAUAUUUAAGCCAUAUUUUACUAUAAAUUCUCCUCUCUGCCCAGUAGGUGGUGAUAUGAAUGAAGAAUGUGAAAGCAGAAAAAAAAGUAAAUACUGAGAGAAUUUUCAUUUUUGGUUGAACUAUCCCUUUAAGGAGCAUAAAUAAGUCUUCAGGGUUGCUGCCUUUUAAGGGAAAAUGAUGCCAGGGAUUGCCUUAGACAGUUUAAAAUUGUAGUUUCCAUUCAGGACUUGUGCUUGUUUGCCUGUUUUUCAAUGUGUGUCAUUUGCUAACAGUUUGCAACCGAUAUAACUGACAUUGCCAAAUCUAGUACUGCACUGGUCUUAAUUAAAAUGCCAUGCUGUCCAUGUAAAUUAAAACACUAUGUAAGACAACAUGCUUCCUAAAUGAUUUUUUUUCCAAUCCUUAACAUUGCAUGGAUUAUUUUUAAUGAGGUUAAUUGUUCUGUUCAGAAGAUUUAUUUAUCUCCACCAGUUCAACAAUGGGCUUUGUGUCUGCUCAUUUGGUGUUGUUCACAAAAAAAGGUACACAUGCAAUUCCAGUUUCAUCAAGAACAUUUCCAAUUACAUAAGCCUCUAGUGGUAAAACAUUUUAGUGGACUUACUGCAUCACAAAGUAAAGGAAAAACUCCUUUCAGAACACACCUGUCUCUGAUGCUUGUAAAUGGACAAUAAAGCAUGAAACAUCUGGUGAUGUACGAAUGCUUCUGCUCAAGUUAACCAAAAAACCUGGUGUGAAAUUAGUGGGUGAAAA